GCUUCAGCCCAUUCUCCAGAGAAGAAUCUUCUUUGGGAGGGAGGUUGGUUUUGCUGACAGGAAGCUGUUACCUGCUUUUCAGCUCAAGUCUCGCACUUACCUUGGCCCGACUGCUAUGGAUGCUGAAAUGGCUUUCUUGAUGGCUAAUCAAGCUAAAGCUACAUCUGGAAAGCUUGUGUAUGACCCUUUCGUUGGUACAGGGAGCAUUCUCGUUUCUGCUGCACGUUUUGGUGCAAUGACAAUGGGUGCAGAUAUUGAUAUCAGAGUAGUGCGUGAUGGACGUGGUCCAGACUGUAAUGUUUGGAGCAAUUUCAAGCAGUAUGGACUACCUAUGCCAGUUGCUUUACUUAGAAUGGAUAAUAAUCUUCCUCCUUGGCGUUCCGGGCUAAACGAGAUAUUUGAUGCGAUUAUAUGUGAUCCACCUUACGGGGUUCGAGCUGGUGGACGCAAAUCCGGUGGCAGGAAAAUCCUGAGAGGGACGGUGGAUCCUUACACAGUCCCUGAAGACAAAAGGACAGAUCACAUUCCAUCCACUGGUGCAUAUAGUCUAGUGGAGUGUGUUCAUGAUCUGCUUCACCUCGCUGCAAGAAUGCUGGUGAUGAAAGGGAGGCUAGUCUUUUUCUUCCCGGUUUUGAGAGAUGAGAAUGGCAGUGAGGUUAAGUUUCCAGAGCACCCGUGUUUCAAGUUGGUGGCUGUCUCUGAACAGAUCUUGAGUUCGCGGUACAGUAGGGUUUUGCUGACCAUGGUGAAAGUAGAGCCUUAUAGCCAAGAGGUUGAGGAAGCUGCUCGUUUAAUGCAUUUGGAGUUUAGAGAGAAUCAUCUUAAGUGGUUAGAGGAAGGUAAUAUUCAUUCCUCUGUGUUUAAACCUUCUGAUCAUUCACAGAUUCGUGCUGAUACCAAAAGCUUUAAAGAUCCUAAACCUAAGUAUAGAGGGAAGUAUGUGUAAGCACUGAGUUUUGUACUCUUUAUGUUGUAUUUGGUUAGUUUUGUGCUGAACGCUGUAGUUCUGAAUGUGUUUCCAUUUUCCAAUACAGAUAACUUUUAGGGUUAUUGGCAAACAAAUGUAUGCAAAAAAAUACAUAACAAAAGAGCUGAUAAGCAUAUGAUUAACCUACAAAAAUAUAACAGUCAGGAUUAAAUUCUUAGACUAUCAAAAUCAGGAUUAAAGUUUUCAAAAUAAAAAAACUUUCUUCGUCACACGUGAUUAGGAGAUUCUUGAUUAAUAUAAAUAAACGCUUCUCUAAGUCUUCUUCAAAAUCUGGGACUGUGUACUGUAGUAGCAGUUAAACAUCCCACGUUCUUUGUUUACAACUUCUUACCAUCCUUCCCUAGACAAAGGC